CCCAAGAUCUGGAGAGUCCUAGCAGGGGAGAGAGGGCAGAGGGGAAAUGAGAUGCAUUAGGAGGACACUAAGCCACUUUCUUUCUGAGCACAAUGGGAGUGCUUCCCAAGAAACUUCCCCUUCGCUCCUCUCCGCUCUAGCCCUGGGCAAUGGGACACCUUCCCUACAGCAGCAAUAACUUAUUCAGGAGGAAAAUAGCCCAGGAAGCAGGAAUCAACAGCAGCCAAACAACGGGCAGGAGAGCAACACAACCGGGACUGCAGCACGGCUCCACACUGACAAAUUCCUGUGGAUGUAAUUAGGAAGACACCCCGGCUAGCAGCGGAAAUUAAAGCCCUGGGUUGUUGAAGGUGUCCCCCCUCCCAUCCUACCCCCAGGACCUCGAUGGCAAACCUACACCCCCUGCGUCUCCCUCUCUCGCCAGUCUGAUGUCCGGAGCGAAAUCCUGCUGAAGGGAGCUUUCGGUGCAGGAAGCCCGGUCCUCCAGCCCCGAGCACCACUGCAGUGGCGGUGGCGGGGGCACAGGCGGAGAGGAGGGACGAGCCAAGGCAGCGCCGGAGCGGAGCCGCCGGCCGCUCCGCAGGCGCCCGCGGAGAGCCGCGCACCGCCGCUGUCCAGGGUACUGAUCGGGGCGCCCGCCAGACGCUAUCUAGGGUGCUGAUCGGAACCGCACUUCCUGCCACUGUCCAGGGUGCUGACCGGAGCUCCCCUGGCCGCCCCUCUGCGCAGCCAGCUCAGGACGGGUGGCUCGAUUACCCUACCAAUUCGCCCCAACUACCGGGUUACUUUAUUGGCCAACCCCACCGGCCCACCCCUCACGGAGUACAAAAAAAAAAAACCAGCAAGAGCUGGAAAAAUGUGCAACGUCAACGCACUUGGAGUCUACGUGUGGGAAACGAUCGUUUUCUUCAGCCUGGCAGCCUCCAAAGAAGCUGAAGCAGCUGCACGAUCUGCCCCCAAACCCAUGUCUCCUUCCGAUUUCUUGGAUAAGCUGAUGGGGCGAACGUCAGGAUACGAUGCCAGGAUCAGGCCAAAUUUUAAAGGCCCACCAGUGAAUGUCAGCUGCAACAUUUUCAUCAACAGCUUUGGUUCGAUUGCAGAAACAACUAUGGAUUACAGGGUGAAUAUCUUCCUGCGACAGCAGUGGAAUGACCCACGGCUGGCAUAUAAUGAAUACCCUGAUGACUCUCUGGACCUGGACCCCUCCAUGCUGGACUCCAUCUGGAAGCCCGAUUUGUUCUUCGCUAAUGAGAAAGGGGCCCAUUUCCAUGAGAUUACCACAGACAACAAGCUUCUGAGGAUCUCCAGAAAUGGCAAUGUGCUCUACAGCAUCAGGAUCACGCUGACACUGGCCUGCCCCAUGGACCUGAAGAACUUUCCCAUGGAUGUACAGACAUGCAUCAUGCAGUUAGAAAGCUUUGGCUACACAAUGAAUGAUCUCAUAUUCGAGUGGCAAGAAAAAGGAGCCGUGCAAGUUGCUGAAGGGCUGACACUGCCUCAGUUUAUCCUCAAAGAAGAGAAAGACUUGAGAUACUGCACAAAGCACUACAACACAGGCAAGUUCACCUGUAUAGAAGCUCGUUUCCACCUUGAGCGUCAGAUGGGCUAUUACUUGAUCCAGAUGUACAUCCCCAGCCUCCUUAUUGUCAUUCUGUCCUGGAUCUCCUUCUGGAUCAAUAUGGAUGCUGCACCUGCUCGUGUUGGUCUGGGGAUCACCACAGUGCUCACUAUGACCACACAGAGCUCUGGUUCCCGAGCAUCAUUGCCCAAGGUGUCCUAUGUGAAAGCCAUAGACAUCUGGAUGGCCGUGUGCUUGCUGUUUGUGUUCUCUGCACUGCUAGAGUACGCCGCUGUCAACUUCGUGUCUCGGCAGCACAAAGAGCUGCUCAGGUUCAGAAGGAAGAGGAGGCAUCAUAAGAGUCCCAUGCUGAAUCUGUUUCAGGAGGACGAACCUGGUGAAGGCAGGUUCAAUUUCACUGCCUAUGGGAUGGGACCAGCUUGCCUACAAACCAAGGAUGGCAUCUCCGUCAAGGGCGCCAACAACAACAACACAGCCAAUCCGGUCCCGCCGCCAUCCCGCUCCCCUGAGGAGAUGCGAAAGCUCUUCAUUCAGCGAGCCAAGAAGAUCGACAAGAUCUCACGCAUCGGCUUCCCUAUGGCAUUUCUCAUCUUCAACAUUUUCUACUGGAUCAUCUACAAGAUUGUCCGCAGAGAGGAUGUGCACAACCAGUGAGGGAAGGGAAGAGGCUGGGAAGGAGUGAGCAAUCCUUUAUAUAUGUGCAAUAGCAAUGCAGCAAUGCAUGAAUUUAAG